CUUUUUAUUUUCCUUCCAGGAAGUAGCAUUUUUGCGCUGGCUUACGUCCCAAAUCACCCUGAAGACACAACAAAUGUUUUAAAAAGUGUAGAAAGUUGCCAUGACGGAUUCUUUAGAGCGCUCCACAAAGAUUAGCCUGCUGAGGGAACCUGUUUGGAAGAAACUUUGCGACGUGUUGGACAAAUCCGACAAUAAUAAAGGAUGGAGAAAACUUGGAGAAAUUGUUGGCAAUGACAAGCGGCUGAAAGUCAGCUCAGAUGAAAUGGAGAUGUGCUCUCUGAAGGUGCUGCAGGUGGAGGGCAGUCCCAGCCACAUGCUGCUGAGGCUUCUGGGAGAGCGAGGAUGUACUGUGGCUCACCUGAGCGAGUACCUGCAAACCCUGGGCAACACUCAGGCCUUGGACUGUCUCAAACCUCCAGCAUUACAGAUUCUCAUUCAGCCUCAGUCAGUGGCUCUUGUGUCUGGGCAUAAUCUGCGUCUCAGCUGUCAGGCUGUGGCCAAUGGGCCUGUGGAAUAUCAGUGGUUUAAAUCAAGAGAUGAGGUUCCCAACAGCUCCUCUCCAGACCUGAUCAUUAGUCCCGUUCAACCAGAAGAUGCAGGAUUUUACAUUUGCAGGGUCAACUCUGGAGAGGCUUUUGAGUUUAGCCAAUGGGCACAAGUGGACGUCCUGAAUUUUGCGUCAGUUUCCAGGCAGAGUUUGAGUUCUUUGGAGGGCAGAACUAAAGUGGUGAUCCAGCCUCAGCCACAGCAUUUGCACAUCGGAGAAUCUCUGCAUCUUGAAUGUGGCGCAGUGGGGCGGCCGAUCCCUCACUAUCAGUGGUACAGAAACAGAGUGCCAAUCCCCAACGCCAAAAAAAGAAACCUUGUGAUUUCUCAAGUCACGGUGGAGAACCAGGGCAAAUACAGAUGUGAGAUUAUCAGUGACAAAGACACUCUCUGGACUACUGAAGUUGAUGUAGUUAUAUCACCCAGGAUAUCAGUGCAGAUUUCAGGGGCAGUGGAGUGCUCUGAAGAUGACAUGUUUGCAAUCGAAGCAGGUUCCAGUGAAUUAUUUCUAAAUGUCAUACCUGAACAACUGUAUGCGACUGACAAAGUGGCGCUGCUGAUUGGAAACCUGUCCUAUCAGAAUCACCCGCAGCUCAAGGCUCCCAUGGUGGACGUCUAUGACCUCACAAACCUUCUCCGGCAGCUCAACUUUAAGGUGGUCUCUCUGUUGGACCUCACAGAGUCCGAGAUGAGGAAUGCUGUGGAUGAAUUUCUGUUACUGCUUCACAAGGGGGUCUAUGGCCUGCUGUACUAUGCUGGUCAUGGUUAUGAGAACUAUGGUAACAGCUUCAUGGUUCCUGUGGAUGCACCUAAUCCUUACCAUUCAGCAAACUGCCUCUGUGUGCAAAGUAUUCUCAAACUGAUGCAAGAGAAGGAGACUGGUCUGAAUGUGUUUCUCCUGGACAUGUGCAGGAAGAGGAAUUUCCACGAUGACAGCACUACAAACAUAGUCCUGAGAGUCACAGCUAACAUUGUGUUUGGAUAUGCCACUUGUCAGGACGCAGAGGCCUUCGAGUUGAGCUCAGCUGGACUGAUCAACGGUGUGUUUGUGAAGUUCCUAAAGAAGCGGCUUCUCGAUGAUGAGAAGAUUACUGUGGUGUUGGACCGAGUUGCUGAAGACAUGGGUCAGUUUGAUGCUACAAAAGGGAAACAGGCUCUGGAAAUCCGCAGUAGUUUGUCUGAGCGAAGGGCCCUGACUGACCCCAUCCUGCCCGAGGAGAGGGUAGAUCUGCACCACCACAGCCAACAAUGGGCCAAAGCUCACGAGCUUCCUGAGAGCAUGUGUCUGGAUUUUGACUGCGGAGCACGGAUCAAGUUGGGUUUUGCAGCGGAGUUUUCAAAUGUACUUGUCAUUUACACUCACAUUGUGAAGAAACCAGAGGACAUGUCCUUCUGCCAGGCUCAUGUCACAGACUUUUCAGUUGAUCUCGAUGUGGGUCCCAAAGAAAUGAAUCGAGAGACUCCAGAGGAAACGGGCAUCUACCUCCUGUCCAGCAGUCUCCCCGAGCAUUGUCUUUACACAAGGAUUAGCUCCCUGCAGAAGCUAAAGGAAGAGCUCGUGUUUACAGUGUGUCUUCAGGGCACCUUUAACACGAUGGAGGAUGAUCCUGUCUACUGGACCAAGAGCGUCAACAUCGGUAAACCUCUCAUCGCCCGACUGGAUCUACACGGGGCCAUGCGCAGAAACAGCUGCCUCCAGACAUGCCCAAUGCCCCAUAGCCCCUCAGUGAGCCCCUGCCACAGUCCCGGGCCGGACCACCAUCCCCACCUCCACUGCAGUGCCCACCAGGUACUAGACUACAACCGCCUGUCCCCCCUGCUUCACUAUCAGGACGGACACGAGCGUGUUCAAGGGGCGUGUGCGCUCGGAGGAGGAGGGGAGUCUUAUUAUGAAAACAUGAGCCUGCCCUACCUCGAGCCAGGUAAUGACCUCAGGCUCUCCAGUUCUCCGGGUCGAGCCAGCAUUCCCAUAGAAGCAACUGACGACAUCAACGAACUGCAAACUGUUUUUAUCAACAGCCUCCAGCUCCACCAGCAGUGAGCUCUGCUGCUGGUCAGACUCUCAGCUGCUGCCUUUUUAAAUUUAAUAGUUUUGUAGAAAAACUGUCUGUAAAAUGAAUGUUAUGUGAAACUGACCCUUAAGAUAGGAAAUAUACUAAAUCAUACCUGACAGUUUUGCACAUAAUUACGCAUUAAAUGCACAUAGCAGGAUUUACAAAUAAAUAAAAUAAACUGAUAAAAAGGUUAAAAA